GGAGGAAAGCAUUCGGAAGUCGAAGCUGGACGACUGCGAGAAAGAUAUGGCUCUCUACAUCUCUCGGCUGCUUUCCGUUGCUCCCGACGAUUCUGCAUAUGAUGGGAUCCUUAAGGCUCUCGCAACGGACUCGUCGGUAUCGACGAACAUUAAAAAAUACUUCGGCUAUUCGGGGAGCAUCACCUCUUUUGGUGAUCCCCGAUUGCCCGUAUUCGUCAACAAUCGGGUAGUACUGGUCAGUAUGGAUAAUAAUAUAAGUGAGUCAUUUAAUGCAUCGACGAAGCGGGCACACCAGAAUAGUUUCAAGCGCUUCAACAGUGUUGGCGAA